GGUUGCACUUGCAGAUGGAAAUUGCCGGCUCGCUAAGCUUCCAGAGGUAGAGGCAGAGGCAGGGAUAACGAUGAGGACCAUGGAAGGGGUGGUUCUAAAGCUUCCUUCUUUUUCUCAACUCAUCUCUCCUAACCAUCUCUCCAAUCGGACCUCCCUAAACUUCCGUUUCGGUUUCCCCAAAUCAUCAUCAUCAUCUUCUUCUUCUUCAACAGCUUCUCUUUCGGUUCCAGCUGCCGCACCCGUUUCUCUCGGACACUCGACACGACCCGAUUUUGAAAUUCUCCACCAGAAAGUAAACAAUGGAUCAAAACUGGUUUACUUGGACAAUGCUGCCACCUCACAGAAGCCUUCUGCUGUAAUAGAUGCUGUAAACAACUAUUACAGAUCAUACAACUCUAAUGUUCAUCGUGGAAUUCAUUUCUUGAGUGCAAGGGCAACAGAUGAGUAUGAAAUGGCAAGGAAAAAGGUGGCAGCAUUUAUAAACGCAUCAGAGUCGAGUGAGAUUGUGUUCACUAGAAAUGCUACUGAAGCUAUUAACCUUGUAGCUUAUUCAUGGGGCAUUUCUAAUUUGAAACCAAAAGAUGAGAUUGUUCUCACAAUUGCUGAACAUCAUAGUGCCAUUGUUCCUUGGCAACUUUUAUCUGAGAGGACAGGUGCAGUAUUAAAAUUUGUCAGUUUAACAGAAGAUGAAGUGCCAGAUGUCAAGAUGCUACAAGAAUUGCUUUCAAAGAAGACAAAAUUAGUAGUUGUUCAUCAUGUUUCAAACAUGCUUGCUUCUGUUCUCCCUAUUAAAGAUAUUGCCCAAUGGGCACAUGAUGUUGGAGCAAGAAUAUUGGUAGAUGCUUGUCAAAGUGUACCACAUAUGGUGGUUGAUGUCCAAAAUCUUGGUGUUGAUUUUCUUGUUGCUUCUUCUCAUAAGAUGUGUGGGCCUACAGGCGUUGGUUUCUUGUAUGGGAAAAGUGAGCUUUUGGCAUCCAUGCCUCCAUUCUUAGGUGGUGGUGAAAUGAUUUCUGAAGUUUUCUUGGAUCAUUCUACUUAUGCUGACCCUCCAUCCAGAUUUGAGGCUGGGACACCUGCAAUUGGGGAAGCUAUCGGUUUAGGGGCAGCAAUUGAUUAUCUUUCUGAAAUUGGCAUGCAAAAGAUUCAUGAUUACGAGGUAGAAUUGGGUAAUUACCUUUAUGAAAACCUUCAUACGGUUCCUGGUGUUCGUAUCUAUGGACCAGCACCUUCACAAACUGUUGAACGUGCGGCUCUUUGUUCCUUCAAUGUUGAGGGACUUCAUCCCACUGAUAUUGCCACUUUUCUUGAUCAACAGCAUGGAGUAGCUAUUAGAUCGGGGCACCACUGUGCUCAGCCACUUCAUCGGUUCUUGGGGAUAAAUGCAAGCGCACGAGCCAGCCUUUAUUUCUAUAAUACAAAACAAGAUGUUGAUGACUUUGUUGGGGCACUUGUUGACACAAUUGCUUUCUUCAGCUCCUUCAACUAGAUUUUAAAUUUCUUACAUACGCUUUUAUCCUUGGUUUAUAUUAAUAUUGAAAUCUAUAAAUUUGUGGUUAUAUUUUGGUAAUCUAUUGGACUAUACUAGAUACCCAAAAUUUAAUUUAUAA